AUGGAGCAGAUGGCGGCACUCGAGGAGGUACUCCACGCUCAGCACAGCGAGCUCCUCCUCCGGUUAGACAAGCUGGAGGCCGCCCUCUCAAGGAGCCGGCGGGGAGAGAGCCGAAGAGAGCUCAGGGGAGCUCUCAGUACCUCCUCCGUGGACCUCUUUGAGAUCCCGGAGAGUCCGAGCGAGAAGAAGCCGCCGGAGGCUCAGACGGUGCCGAUUGCCCCCAGGCCCCAGAUUGAGCCCAAUGCCAAAGCGAAGCGAAGUGCUACGAGUCGCUACGAGCUCGCGAAGGAGGAGGGCAACCGCGUCGAGGAGAUGAAGCAGAUGCAAUUCAACAGCGAAGGCGACGCCGACAACGGCUGCUUCCAGAAUCGCAUCCGUCCUCUUCGAAGGUCUGCGCAGAGCCUGGCGGCAUCGUUGCCUUUCAACAUCUUCUUUGCCUUGGUCAUCGUCUCGAACUCACUCGUCCUCGGAUUUCAGCUUGAAUGGAAUGCCCGCCGAGUGAUGGACUCGCACCCUGUCUCAAACCAA